AUCAAUGGAGCAACCGCCACUCACUGAACACGCCGCGCCGGAGAUUGUCCCCGGUGACACAAUGCGUCCACCGGUAGGCGGCACCCGCCACCACCCCAUUUACCGUGGCGUCCGGAAGCGGCGGUGGGGCAAAUGGGUCUCAGAGAUCCGUGAGCCCCGGAAGAAGUCGCGCAUUUGGCUCGGCUCGUACCCAGUGCCCGAAAUGGCAGCCAAGGCCUAUGAUGUCGCCGCACACUGCUUGAAGGGACGGAAGGCUCAGCUCAACUUUCCCGACGAGGUCAACCACUUGCCCCUCCCCGCCACCUGCAGCGCCCGGGACAUCCAGGCAGCGGCGGCCGAGGCGGCGCACGCUGUGGCUGCAAAAAAGGAGGGUGGCGGCAUCAAGGUCGAUGACUUCUGGGCUGAUAUAGAGUUGCCGGAGCUGAUGGAGGAGGGAGAGCGCCACUCGGACGCCUGUCUGUGGGCCUUCAUCGCGGAUGCCACGUGGAGGGACGGCGAGGAUGAGGCGACGACGAUGAGCUCUUCGUGGCCCUGGCAUGUCCCCAAGACGUGAGUACACUCGGUGGUUGCAUCGACGGUACAUAAAGACUGCCUUCGAAAUUAAUUUCUGUAAUGCUACUGCAGU